GGAUGCAUGAUGCAAUGUGAUGCUGUUCUCCUCAAGGGCAACUGUAUCGUUAAUGAGUCCAUGCUUACCGGAGAAUCAGUUCCUGUUACCAAGACUAAUAUUGUUGAUCGUUCAGAUGUUUUAUACAAUGACAAGCUGUUUUCUGUGUGUUUGUGGUAUUCUGAUGAGUAUGUGUGGUAUGCCACUGUCAUUGUAGUGACAUCUGUGGUGUCUCUCAUAUCUGAAGUAUAUCAGAUGCAUCGCAACCAAGUGGCACUCAGCAGGACAAUACAGACAGCUGACACUGUACAGGUGGUGAGAGAUAAUGACCAGGUAGACACUAUCCCAUCAGAACAUCUUGUUCCUGGUGACUUGAUGAUGAUACCACCUCAAGGAUGCAUGAUGCAAUGUGAUGCUGUUCUCCUCAAGGGCAACUGUAUCGUUAAUGAGUCCAUGCUUACCGGAGAAUCAGUUCCUGUUACCAAGACUAAUAUUGUUGAUCGUUCAGAUGUUUUAUACAAUGACAAGGAGCACAGCCGACACACCUUAUUUUGUGGCACUCAGGUGAUUCAGACACGCUUCUAUGGAGGAGAGCGAGUUGUGGCGGUGGUGGUGCGAACUGGAUUUUAUACAAGCAAGGGUUCACUAGUCCGUUCCAUUAUGUAUCCUCCUCCAGUGGACUUCAAAUUCCAACAAGACUCUUACAAAUUUGUUGGAGUUCUGGCAGGAAUAGCAUCUGUUGGUUUCUUAUACACAGUUAUUACCAAGUAUAUGCGUGGAUUAGCGGUGUCUGCAAUUGCUCUAGACUCUUUGGAUCUUAUCACUAUUGUCAUCCCUCCUGCACUACCUAUGGCCAUGACGGUUGGAAUCUUGUAUGCUCUCCAGAGGCUGAAGAACCAUAAAAUUUUUUGCAUAUCACCUCGCUCCAUAAACAUAUCUGGAGUUUUGAACUGCAUCUGUUUUGAUAAGACUGGCACUCUAACUGAGGAUGGUCUGGACAUGCGAGGGGUAGUGCCAGUGGCCCAGUCACUGGGCAAGCAGGUCCAACUGACUCAGAUAACAUCUCCAGCCACACUCCCUCAUGACCAUCUAUUGUAUGCAAUGGCUACUUGUCACUCCAUUACCAUUAUCAACUUGCAACAGGUGGGUGAUCCUUUGGAUCUAAAAAUGUUUGAGAGUACUGGCUGGACUUUGGAUGAACCAGGUUUGGAUGACACCAAUAAAUAUGACAUGAUGAUGCCAUCUGUAGUGCGUCCGAGUGCCCCUGAUGUUGUCAUCAGCAAUGAAAAUGUAGAAACAGAACCACCACUAGAACUAGGAAUACUUCGUCAGUUUCCUUUCUCCUCCAGCUUACAACGUAUGUCUGUCAUUACUCGACGACUUGGUGCUCCAAACUUUGAGCUUUACUGUAAAGGCUCUCCAGAGAUGAUAGCAAGCUUGUCACAGCCUGAGACAGUACCUUCUAACUUCUCUGAACAGCUGCUGCAAUAUACUUACCAAGGGUACCGUGUGCUGGCGCUGGGUUGGCGCCCUCUUAGGCUCUCUUAUAGAAAGGCACAGCAAAUCAACCGUGAUGAAGUAGAGUGCAACCUAGAAUUCCUUGGACUACUAGUUAUGGAGAACAGGUUGAAAUCAGAAACUACACCUAUUAUUUCUCAGCUCCACAUGGCCAAGAUUAGGACAAUAAUGGUUACUGGGGACAACAUGCUGACAGCUCUGAGUGUUGGUCGUGAGUGUGGCUUGGUUGGUCCACAGCAGCAGGUUAUCAGUAUCAAGGCUCUCCCUCCACACCAGGGCCUGCCAGCAUCUCUCACAUUCCAUGCUACCACAGCCAAAACUCCAGCAUCUCCAGUGGUAAUGAGACAUGUGGAUGCUGGGGUUGGCAUAAACAUAGAUGAUGAUGCAAAUGAUUCAUACUGUUUUGCUAUAGAAGGCAAAUCCUGGGGGGUGGUGCACGAAUAUUUCGCAGACAAGCUGCAGAAGUUGGUAGUUCGAGGAGCUAUUUUUGCACGAAUGAGUCCUGACCAGAAGCAACAACUUGUAUUAGAACUUCAGUCUCUUGGAUAUUAUGUUGGAAUGUGUGGUGAUGGAGCUAAUGACUGUGGUGCCCUCAAAGCUGCACAUGCAGGAAUUUCACUCUCCGAGGCUGAAGCAUCUGUAGCCUCUCCCUUCACUUCUGCUAAUGCCAACAUUGCUUGUGUUCCCACCCUCAUCAGAGAAGGACGCUGUGCUCUUGUUACCAGUUUUGGAAUAUUUAAAUACAUGGCAGCAUAUUCACUUACUCAGUUUGUAUCUAUUAUGAUUCUCUACUCAAUUGAUAGCAACCUUACUGAUCUUCAGUUCCUAUGGAUUGAUCUCUUUCUCAUCACUGUAUUUGCCAUUUUUUUUGGCCGCACUGAUUCCUACAAGGGUCCACUUGCAUCAUACUCUCCUCCAGCAUCUCUCCUCUCGGUAGCACCCAUAGCAUCAAUUGUGGUUCACAUGUUAGCAGUAAUUGGCUUCCAAACAUUUUGCUUCUUUUAUGUUCAGGAGCAGCCAUGGUAUGUACCCUUCAAUGCUACAACAUCAGACGAAAUAUUUGCUGGCCAUGAAAAUUAUGCAGUCUUCUCAGUAUCUCAAUUUCAGUAUAUUAUGCUUGCAUUAGUGUUCUCCCGUGGUCCACCUUUCCGCCAGCAUGUCUAUUCCAAUUACUUGUUAUCAGGAUCUAUCCUGGUAAUGACUGUAUGCAGUGUGGUUCUAACAGUUGCUCCUCCUCAAUUCAUUAUUGACCAGUUUGAGUUAGUAUUACCUCCAGCAGGUGAUCAACAGGCAGAUUUUUUUAGAUGGCAGAUGAUCUUAUAUUCAUUACUGUAUUCUGCACUAGCAGUCUUCAUUGAAUACAUAAUAAUCGACUACUUAUGUUAUCGGAAAUGCAAAAAUAAAUUCCAUGAUGUUUAUAAGUCCAAGAAGAAGUAUCUAGCAAUUGAACAAGACUUAAAACAUGAUAAAACCUGGCCACCCUUAUCAACUGAUGCUGAUCUGUCUGGAGGGGAAAAAAAGGAAUUGAUGCUUGAUGCACGGAAGCUGGGAGAGACAAUAAAAAAAGUUGAAGCCAAUGGACAUGCUCCUGGAGCUGUUACGACUGUCACACAGUUUCAGUCUUCUUUAUGAGAUUCACUAAAUUCUUUCAGUUGGUAUUUUUCAUUUGUGUUCUGCAUUGUAUGGUUAUGAAUAUGUUUAAAUUUUAAAAUAAUAAUUAUUUUUAUUACUGUUAUAAUUAUUUAAAAUUUUUAAUGCAUUUUUUAUUCAUUGGUAAUCCCUAACCCUGCAAGUGGUCAUAGUGCACAGGAGCAAUGGUAGGCAAUUUUAUUUAAUCUUUAAGGGACCUUUUUUGAAGAUGAUAUUUAAAUACAUACAGUUUUCUAAAUAUUUUAAAACAUUUACUAUUAAAUAUUUUUUUGAGCUUUCCACUUCCAGAGGGUUGUAUUUCACUGACAAAAUACAUUGAUUGUUUGUAGUUGACUUCUUUGAGUGGUUUUGUAAAUACCAUGACAAAAAUGCCUCACCUUUAAUAUUCCUUUAAAUUUGAGAGAGACCAAUGGAUGUUAAUUUAGUUUUAUCCAUGUAUGUAAAAAGGUAUUUAUUAAAUGUAACACCUUCAUAAAUAUAUCCCGAGAGUACUCGGGUAAAUAAUGAUCUGGACACAAUUUGGAAACUGUAAUAUUUUGCUUGUGGAUAUGUGUAAAUUACCCGUAACAUGUCUAAUUCUUGGGUCCCUCUGUAACUAAAUAUUGAAGGCUAAUAAGUUUGAUGCCUUAAUGCAGUCUUUAAAAUCGUACUCCAUCAUAACAGAUUUGUAAAAUAUUACUUCUAUCUGAACUAGGAUGCAAUAACUUCUUAAAAAAAAAUCGAGUCAAAAGUAAGAAGGUGAUUCCACUGCACCCUCGUGUUUUGUUGUAGAUGUUACAUGUCAGUAGACACAUCCAGUGAUGGACUCAAACUGGCCUUAUCUACAGCUUGAAAUACUGGUAAUUGUAAUACUUAUUGUACAUCAUGAUUUUAAUGACUGAAAUUCUGCAUCAUAUUUUGUUUUCUACUUUGGUUACUUAUUAAAAAAUGUAUAUUGUAAAUCUGUUCACAAUAAUAUAAUAGUAUGAAUUAUUCCAAACAAGUUUAUACAUGUUCAUUGUUUAUUAAUAAGGAUUGGGAAUAAAUUUGUUUAGCUCAGUUUAAUUAGUGUUAUAGUGCAUCAUGAAUAGUUUGUGUUAAUUAAUGGUUCAACUAUCCUACUAAAAUAAUUUUGAUUGAAAUUUCAGGUAUAGCAACCAAAGUUAUAUCAUGAGAGUAUUAAAAUGCAUUAUCUUAUGUGAUGUAUAAACUAUUCAUGUAAUAGUUUCAGACUCUGUAUUAUGCACAGAUGUUUGUAGGACUGUGUAAAAUUUUCAUUAAUUUCUGAACAGCGUAUAAUAAUAAAAACUUUAUAUUUUUGCUAAAAUGCAAUGAAUUCUGAGGUGUAUCAUGUAUGAUGAAUAAUUACAUUAUUACAUUCACAUAAAAGUUGUAAACCCGUAUUGGUCAUUCAGUGCAGGAUGAAUACAAGACUCAGGGAAUCAUACUAACACAUAAAACAAAACUACCAAUCAGGUAUAUUUUAUUAUGCAAUGGAUUACACAGUUUCUUCAUGAUUUUGGUUGUACCCCCAUUUAAAUAUUUCAUUAAGAAAAGCAUUUACUGAAGAAAUAUUUAUAUAAGUUGUUUCUCACAUUACGUCCAGAAAGAGUACAUUUUGUACUGAAAAGAAAGAUUAUAUUUUAUAUUUACUCAAGAGAAUUCGAGAGGCAAAAAGAGGUAGAUGUGAUGUAUAGAUGUAAUAAUGUUUGAUUAAAAAAAUAAAUUAAGUGAUGAAGUAA